AUGUCCAAAUACGGCGUCCUAGUAAUGGGCCCCGCCGGUGCGGGCAAAACCACCUUCUGCAGCUCCAUCAUCCAACAUCUUCAAAACACGCGCCGCAGUUGUUUCUACGUGAACCUAGACCCCGCGGCCGAAACCUUCAACUACGAGCCGGACCUCGACAUCCGCGAGCUCAUCACCCUCGAAGAUGUGAUGGAAGAGCUGGGGCUAGGUCCCAACGGCGGGCUCAUCUACUGCUUCGAGUUCCUCCUUCAGAACCUCGAAUUCCUCUCUGAAGCCCUCGAUCCCCUCAGCGAAGAAUACCUCAUCAUCUUCGACAUGCCAGGCCAGAUCGAGCUCUACACACACAUCCCGCUGCUCCCUUCCCUGGUGCAGUUCCUAUCCCGGCAGGGCCCGCUAAACAUCAGUCUCUGCGCGGCGUAUCUGCUCGAGAGCACGUUCGUCGUGGACAAGGCCAAGUUCUUUGCCGGCACACUGAGUGCCAUGUCGGCCAUGUUGAUGCUGGAGAUGCCGCACGUCAAUAUCCUGAGCAAGAUGGACCAGGUCAAGGAUAUGGUCUCGCGCAAGGAACUGAAGCAGUUUACUAACGUGGAUGUGAAUAAUCUGCUGGGCACGGCGGGUGACGAGGAAACAUCCUCAGUGGCCACUGGAGACCCAUCGUCCAAGGACACAAUGCUGAGCGGAGGAUCUUUCCAGCAAUUAAACCGCGCGGUCGGCCAACUCAUCGAUGAUUUCAGCAUGGUCUCGUUCCUCAAGCUGGACGUGCAGGAUGAGGAUAGUGUUGCCGCGGUGCUGAGCCAUAUUGACGAUGCUAUUCAGUACCAUGAGGCUCAGGAACCCCGCGAGCCUUCCGAUGCCCAGGAGGUCGAUUACGAAGACUGA